AUGCCAAUUGAAAACAUAUCUCAAGAAUCAGGAAAAACAUCACCCAACAGUCAUGAACUGAGAGCCACAACUAACUUCUCUAAUGCAGUAUACUUGGAAGAGGUGUUAGAACCAAAUGAGACAGCACUUAUUAGAAUAUCAGAGGAAAAUAAACCAAAACAAGUUCUAGGAAACACUAUACUAGCUAAAGAUAUAACUCCAAAGAUCCAAAGUGAUAAUGAAGACUUAGCUGAAAGAACGGAUGAAGUGAUGUUGGGAGUAGAACAAUCAAAAAGACUAAGUGGAAGGGUUCUGGAUGCGAGCACUUAG